AUGGGGAGGAAAAGUAAAGGAAUCCAGGCAUAUUUAGUGCUGACUCUUCUUCUAGCUGUGGAGGUCAAACCUUCCAUCAACCCAGCUGUGGUUGGGGAUACUGUGAUGCUGUCUCUGUCUCCCUCCACGGCGAUCAAUAGUGGGAGCUGGACCGUAGGAGUGUCCCAAAUUGUCACCUGGCUUGGGGAGCAGCAGGCCGUCUUCCCCAGUCACAGUGGCAGGGCGUCGGUGAAUAUUACCACCGGAGCUCUUACCCUGAGCUCAGUCAAGGUGUCGGACACGGGAGUGUACACAGUGCAGGGCACCGACCCCCAGCUGACUGCCAGCGCCUCCAUCACUGUUCUGGAGGUCAUUUCAAAUGUGAGUCUCAGGGCGAAUGAAACCAACCUGAUGGAGCUGAAUAGUUCAGCAGUCAUUACCUGCUCCGUCUCCUCCGGAUCCUCCCUCUCCUACACCUGGAUGAACGGCAGCUCUGAGGUCACAGCCAGUGACAGAGUUCAGCUCACUGAGGGAAACACCACUCUCACUAUAACCAACGUGACCCGCUAUGACCAGGGACCAUUCAGGUGUUAUGUGUCUAAUCUUGUCAGUAACGGAACAAGUGAUUCUGUCAAGUUUACAAUCACAUCACAGUCCAACCCUCCAGCUCAGCUGCAGUGGGCUUUCAAAGGAGUGCUGGUGAACACUACAGGCCCUCUGUGGAAGCUGCUCAGUGUCAGCAAGGACCAAAGCGGUCUUUACUCCUGUAUGGCCUUCAACAAUCACACCAACAUGAACAGCACCAUCACCAAAAACAUCCUGAUAUCAGAGCCUGUUUCCAGUGUGACUCUGAAGGCAAACAAAACCAACCUUGUGGAGUUCAAUGACACAGCAGUUCUCAUGUGCUCUGCAUCCAACGGCUCCUCCCCCUCAUAUUCUUGGAUGAAUAAUGGGAUGGCGGUCACAGCUGGUGGAGGAGUACAGUUCAGCAACAAUGGCGCCACUUUGACAAUAGCCAGUGUUACCCGUCAGUUCAAUGGGACUUUUGUAUGUAAUGUGUCUAAUCUAAUCAGCAACAAAGUCAGCAACCCUGUACACCUGAGCAUCAGCUAUGGUCCAAGUGAUGCGAAGAUGAUGAUCAUGCCCACCGGCCACAUCCACAGAACAGGAACCAACAUCACACUGUCAUGCUCAGCAGAGUCCAGCCCUCCAGCCAUGAUCCAGUGGAUGUUUGAGGGGAAGUCCCUCAAUCACUCUGGCCCACAGCUUCAACUAAAGAUGGCAAAAACAAGCGACUCAGGAAAUUACAAAUGUGUUUUUCACAACUCAGAAACAUCCAGGUUCAGCAGUGCGAGUAAAAUGAUCAGGAUCAUAGAUCCACUUACAGCUGCUAUGGUGAGUAUCAAGGGUGAACCAGCAACACUUGGUGGGAUGCUGACUCUGCACUGUGAAGUGAAUGGAUCUGUUACCAUGGUUAAAUGGUGGAAAGGCAAUCAACUUAUUUCUACUGACAACUCCACUAUGAUUAACAUGACUGAAAAAACACUGACACUCAACCCGGUCAAACUGUCAGACAAAGGGGAGUAUAAGUGUACAGCAGGGAAUGAAGUCAGCAAUGUGACCAGCAGCCCUUUCCCAGUCAAAGUAAUCUUUGGCCCGAUGAAACCAAUGAUCAUGGGGCGCUCAAUGGCUCUGAGAGGACAGAAGGUAUCCCUAAACUGCACUGCUGAUUCAUAUCCUCCAAGCAGCUACAAGUGGUUCUUCAAUAAUGUUACACUGGCGAACACCUCUACAUUAAUGCUUGGACCUCUGACAGGGAACAUGAGUGGGAAGUACAUCUGCAAGGCCUUCAACAGCGCCAAUAAGAAAGACAGCUCUGACUACACCAUGCUCAGUGUUUUGGAUCAAAUAAGAAAUGUAAGCAUUGAAACACCAAUGAAGCCUGCCGUUGAAGGUAAAAGUUACACUCUAACAUGCAAUGUGACCGGAUCUGCUCAUUACAUUUACUGGAUGAAAAAUGGUCAGCUACUGCAUGAGGACAACAGAACAACUUUCAGCACAGACAACAAGACGGUCACCUUCGACCCGGUGCACUACAAUGACACUGGAAAAUACCAGUGUGUGGCUUUUGACGACGUUCUGAACAUGACCAGCCCUCCUCAUAAGCUCUAUGUGAACUUUGGGCCGAAAACACCAGUCAUUAAAGGACCGUCUUAUGCUGAGGUCGGACAAAAUGUAUACUUUAACUGCUCUGCCAAGUCAAUGCCUCCCAGUCAUUACACCUGGAAAUACAAUGGCUCAAAAGUGGGUAAUACCUCAGUGCUUAGAACGGGACCUGUGACUCACAAUAUGAGUGGAGAAUACACCUGUGUGGCUCACAAUAAUGUCACACAAAAGAAUAGCACAACCUCCCAUAACCUCACAGUCAUUGAAGCAAUAAAGUCAGUGACAAUCACUAAGAAGACACUUCCAAUCAACUCUAAAAACUUCACACUCACCUGUGAGGUAACCGGACCCUAUGAUAGCAUCUACUGGAUGAAGGAUAAAGCACCCCUGAACAACACCUCCACAGGAAUGACCUUUAAAGACAACAUGCUGUACUUCACUCCAGUGACCACAAGCGAUGAUGGACUUUAUGUGUGUGUUGCCAAAAAUAAGGCUACUUCACAUCACAGCAGCCCAUAUACACUCCUGGUGAACUUCGGUCCUGUGAGGGUAACAAUCCUAGGACCAGAUUCAGCACCAGUUGGUGAAAUUGCUUUCAUGACCUGCCUGGCAGAUUCCCGUCCCAAUAGCAACUUGCAGUGGUUCUAUAACCAGCUAACCACUCCUCUGGCCACUGGAUCUUUUCUCAGUUUCUCUGUGACCAAUGAUAGCAGUGGGAACUACAUAUGCCAGGCAAAGAACCCUGUGACCAAUAUCACCAUGCGCCAGACCAAACAAUUCACUGCUCAUGCUGUUGGCCUCCACACCCAAUCCAAAGCUGUUCUGAUGAUGAUGGGUGUGCUUGCUUUGUCUAUGAACAAGCUCUUCAGCUGAGUCUUCACACUGAAACGCAGUCAAACUGAAGGACCUCUGGCUCCCUCUGCUGGCUUUAUUACUAAUCUUACUCUAAAAUGCAUGGGAGGGCACCGUGAAAAUGAUCUUGCAGCCAUUAUAAGAAUCUGAACGUAUGAGAAGCUUUGAUUAAAGUUAGAAAUUUCAGUUUGAUGUGUUACUUAAUCUGCUUGGUUUUCAGUAACAUUCUGAAUUAUCAUUCUGGUGGUAAGACUGCAGAUAUUUUCUAUUUACCGUGUUGACUUUUGGGUGUAUUCUCUGUCAUAUGCUAUCGUUAUAUACAAGUAAAAGUAGUUAUUUUAUUUUGGUGACCUUUACGCUGGUGUAAUAAAGAACUUUAAGUUAUUUUACUGGGUACUAGGGGAAACCAUUUCAUCUAAAAUUGCUUCUAUAUUUGAUACAAGUUACUCCUCUUCCCUGAUCACCCAUAGCUGUUUUGUUAUGUGCAAUAGUGUGAAAAUUGUAAGUGAAUUUAUC